GUUUCCUCUAUCCCAUGCGUCUUUGAAAUGGGUCGCACAAUAUUCAUACUUAUAAAUGGAGAAACACUGGAAAUGUACAUUUUGAUGUCUGCCAUCUGGUAUUACGAGACAAUCACAACAACAACACUCCCAUUAUGGCUUCAACUGGUAAUAAACAACGAUGUGCGAAAUCGAAUGUUGCGAAUUAUUUUCAAGCCUAGUCAACCUGUAUAUGUGACCCAUGUUGUGACAUAUGCAUCCGAAUACUGUUCGACACAAAAACAGCAUUGUUUUGUAAAGUGA